GGGUAGUUCAAUAAAUAGUCAAAGAAAGACCAUCACAUUUUGUCUUCCCUAGUCUCUACUGUCCUUUCCAAAUUCCGAAUCAAAACCCACUCAACUCGACCGUUACAGACUCACUCUCCGAAUUUCAAACUUCAACCUUCAAAAUCAUCCAGCAAUGCCGCCUCUGGGAAAACGAAGACGAAGAGAAAUCGACAACCCUCCUCAACCUGUGAUCGCAAUGGACAAUCAUCAAAGCAAAAAGUCUGAAUACGAACUCGCUAGAGAAGAAAGAAUCCGUGAAAAUCGUGAAAGAAUGGGAAAAUUUGGUAUUUUCGACCUUUCACUUUCCCUCAAGCUCAAACCUAACCCACCUUCACGACGAACUCCAUCUAACGCCAAAUCCCCAAUUUCUAUUAUCCCACCUGCCCCUUCUCGUCGAUCUUCCAGGUUACAGAAUGUUGCUCCUAUUAGUUACUCUGAAGUGCCAGUGAAGAAAGAAAAGGGUGAGAAAAAUACUAGGGUUGUUAUUGAAGAAGGUUCUCGACCUGAGAUUUAUACUGAAGAGCAUGAGAAGCUUUUGGGGAAUACUGAGAAAACUUGGGAGCUGUUUGUUGAUGGUGUUGGGACAGAUGGGAAAAGGAUUUAUGAUUCUUUUCGAGGGAAAACUUGCCAUCAGUGUAGGCAAAAAACUCUUGGUUAUCGGACAUGCUGUUGUGAAUGCAACAUGGUCCAGGGGCAGUUUUGUGGAGAUUGCUUGUACAUGAGAUAUGGGGAGCAUGUACUAGAAGCCUUAGCGGAUCCAACUUGGAAAUGCCCAGUUUGUCGUGGAAUUUGCAAUUGUAGCUUAUGCCGUCAAGCAAAAGGAUGGGCACCUACUGGGGCUCUAUAUAAAAAGAUAUCACGGUUAGGUUACAAAUCAGUUGCACACUACCUCAUUCAAACGCGGCGCGCAGAUACAGAUGUUGAGAAAAAUGACGAUGCUUCCAACCCAGUUUCAGCUAAAAGGUCACUACCUUUCUCUGAUGCCGAUGACAAUAAGUCUCAUGAGGUCAAUGAGAAUAAGCUGGGAUCAAUGCAGUCUCUAGCGGAAACUGAUGGUGACGGGGUUGUAACAAAGAGGUCGUUGAUUUUCCCUGAUGAGCAAGACCAGGUUGCAAAGCUUGAAAAAGUUGAGGGUUUGGAUACCAUUGAGCCACUUGCUUCCCAUGAGGUCAAUGAGAAUAAGCUUGGAUCAGUGCAGCCGUUAGCUGAAACAGAAACUUAUGGUGACGAGGUUGCAACAGAGAAAUCGUUGAUUUUCCCUGAUGAGCAAGAUCAGCUUGCAAAACUUGAAAAAGUUGAGGAUUCAGAUACCGAGAAGCCACUUGUUUCUUCCACAAAAGCAAGCCCAGAUGAGCAAGAUCAGCUUGUAAAGCUGGAAAAUGUUGAGGGUUCGGAUACCGUUAAGCUACUUGCUUCUUCCACCAAAGCAAGCCCAUAUCAGCAAGAUCAGAUUGUAACACUUGAAAAAGUUAAGGGUUCGGAUACCAUUAAGCCACUUGCUUCUUCAACCAAACCAUGUCCAGACAGUAUUGCUGGAAGACUUAGGUCUAGGAGAAAAAAUCCAUGAUGAGGAUAAUUUACUUAAUUUAACCCGGGGGGCAUGUUGAAGAGAACAUUCAACAUUGUUUUUUGAAAUUAUCAAACUUGAUAAUUUGGUAAGAAAACCUCUUUUGACAUAGUAGUAGUUGUAUCAGUAUGCGAAAGUGAAACACUACAAGUAUCACUAUUUAUUUUGAUUAGAGGGAGUAGUAUUAUGUCCAUUUCUCUUCAAAAAGGUUUAGUGCAUCAAAGGGAGAAUAUUCAACAUUGCGUUUUGCAAAUAUCA